UUACUAAAUAACUAGUGAAAUAUUAUUGAAUAUGGCAUUGGUCUCUGCGGCUCCGUACCUUGCCCUUUUGGGUGAAGAAGACGCCAAUCUUAAAUCAUUUGCAUUAACUUCAUUAAAUGAUGUAGUAGAUCAAUUAUGGGCAGAAAUAGCCAAUAGUAUUAGUGAAUUAGAAGAAUUAUAUGAAGAUGAAACUUUUAGUAGUAGAAGUCUUGCAGCAUUAAUUAUUUCUAAAGUCUAUUAUAAUUUAGGAGAUUUUGAAGCAUCAGUUAAAUAUUCUUUAAAUGCUGGAGAUGAAUUUAAUAUUGAAGAACAUUCUCAAUAUAUUGAAACAAUUGUUAGUAAAUCAAUUAAUUUAUAUAAUACAUUAUCUCAAAAGAAAUUUCUUGAUUCAUCUAUUACAAUUGAUGAAAGAUUAGUUGGAAUAUUUGAAAAAAUGUUGGAAAAAUGUAUUAAAGCUAAAGAAUUAAAAUUAGCACUUGGAAUUGCUCUUGAAAGUUAUAGAAUUGAUGUUGUAGAAAGAAUUUUAAAUCAUGAAAUUAAUGUUAGUGAAGAAAAUGCUAUUAAUUUAAUUAAUUAUGUUCUUGUAUGUUCAAAUACUGUUAUUUCAAAUUCAGAUUUUAAAACUCAAGUAUUAAAUCUUUUAAUUAAAUUAUUAUUACCUUUAACAAAAAAUCAAGAAUUCUUUACUAUUAUUAAAAUUAUUGUUCAAUUAAAUGAUUCUCAAUUGGCUUCUAAAUUAUUUAAAGAAUUGGUUAUUAAACAAGAAGAUUUAAUUGCAUAUCAAGCAGCUUUUGAUUUAGUUGGUGCAGCAUCUCAAGCUUUAUUAGAUAAUGUUAUAAAUGAAUUAUCAAAAGAUUCUGAUUCAAAUCCUAAUCCAAUAACUAAAAAAAUCUUAACUAUAUUAUCAGGAGUUCCAACUUGUGAUUUAGAUAUAACUUUCUUAUACAAAAAUAAUAAUACUGAUAUAGCGAUUUUAAAUAAAACUAAAAACCUUUUAGAAGGUAGAAGUUCAAUUUUCCAUUCUGCUGUUACUUUUGCUAAUGCCUUUAUGCAUGCAGGAACCACUGAUGAUUCAUUCUUUAGAAAUAAUUUAGAAUGGUUAGGUAGAGCUAAUAAUUGGUCUAAAUUCUCGGCAACUGCUGCAUUAGGAGUUAUUCAUAAGGGAAAUUUAUCUCAAGGUCGUAAUAUUUUAAAACCUUAUUUACCAGGAUCUUCAGGAGCUCCUCAUACUAAAGGUGGAUCAUUAUUUGCUUUAGGAUUAAUAUUUGCAGGUCAUGGUAGAGAAAUUAUUGAAUAUUUAAAGAAUUAUAUAGAUGAACAUGGUAAUUCAGCUGGUACUAAUGAAGGAGAUGUUGUUUUACAUGGUGCAGCUCUUGGAGCUGGAGUGGCAGGUAUGGCAUCUGGAUCAGAAACUCUUUAUGAUGCACUUAAAGUUGUAUUAUAUUCUGAUUCAGCUAUUUCUGGUCAAGCAGCUGCAUUAGCUAUGGGUUUAGUAAUGUUAGGAUCAGGUGAUGAAAGUGCUAUUCAUGAUAUGUUAACUUAUGCUCAAGAAACUCAACAUGAAAAUAUUAUUCGAGGUUUAGCUAUUGGAAUUGCCUUAUUAAAUUAUUCAAGACAAGAAAAAGCUGAUAGUGUUAUUGAUGAAUUAAUGAGUCAAGAAAGUUCUAUUUUAAGAUAUGGAGGAGUUUUUACAAUUUCUUUGGCUUAUGCAGGUACAGCUAAUAAUAAAGCCAUUAAAAAACUUUUACAUUAUGCUGUAUCUGAUCCAUCUGAUGAUGUUAGAAGAGCUUCAGUACUUGGAUUAGGAUUUUUAUUAAUUCGUGAUUAUACUUCUACUCCACAAAUUGUUCAAUUAUUAUCUCAAUCUCAUAAUCCUCAUGUUCGUUAUGGUACUGCCUUAGCUUUAGGAAUUUCUUGUGCUGGUAGAGCUUAUGCUCCAGCUAUUGAAGUUUUAGAACCAUUAACUAAAGAUCCAGUUGAUUUUGUUAGACAAGGUGCAUUAAUUGCUACUUCAAUGAUAUUAAUUCAACAAAAUGAAGUUUCAUAUCCAAAAGUUAAAGAUUUUACUAAAAAACUUGCUGAUACAGUUAAAAAUAAACAUGAAGAUGCUUUAGCUAAAUUUGGUGCAACAUUAGCUCAGGGUAUUAUUGAUGCUGGUGGUAGAAAUGUUACUAUCAAUUUAGAAAAUGCUCAAACCAAUACUUUAAAUAUUAAAGCCAUUGUUGGUUUAACUGUAUUUGUUCAAUCUUGGUAUUGGUUCCCAUUAGCUCACUUUUUAUCAUUAUCUUUUGCUCCUACGGCUGUAGUAGGUAUUACAGGAGAUUUAAAAAUUCCUAAAUUCGAAUUGAAUUGUCAUGCUAAACCAGAAUUAUUUCAAUAUCCUCCUAAAUAUGAAGAAACUAAAGAGAAGCAGCCAGAUAAGAUUGCCACUGCUGUAUUAUCUACCACUGCAAGAGCUAAAACUAGAGCUAAAAAGAAGCAGCAUUUGAAAGAAGAAACUGAAGGUAAGAAAGAUGGUAGUGAUAGUAUGGAAGUUGAUGAAGAUAGUAAAGCUGUAGAAGAACCAGUAGCAGCAACAGCUACAGCAGCAACAGCUACAUCAACAUCAACAGUUAAAACCGAAGAUGAACCUUCUAAAGAAGAAAAACCAGCUUCUACUGAACCAAGUCAAGUUCGUUACACUAAGACUCCCUACAAGAUUUCUAAUCUUUCCCGAGUCUUACCAGUUCAAAGCACUUAUCUUUCUUUUAUAAAGGAAGACAGAUUUGUACCAGUAAGGAAAUUCAGAGGUUCUAGUGGUAUAAUUGUAUUACAAGAUACUAAACCUGAAGAAUCUCUUGAAUUGAUAAAGACUGUCAGACAAUUGAAUACUACAGAUGCUCCUGUACCUGAGCCAUUUGUAUUAAGUGAUGCUGAUAUCAAAGAACUUGAUGAUUACUAGAUAGCAUAAUAUAAAUUGUAUAAUGUAAAGUAGUAUCUAAUAAAGCAAUAAAGAAAUAAAAUAAACUAAAUA